GGAAUGUUCUUGAUGGUAGCCAACCUCUCGUUUACACCAGUUCUUACGAAAAUCUGCAUUACAGAGCCCUUCAACCUUCCGCCUCUCCAAGUCCCUCGAGUCCCCCGAGUUACGACCUGGAAUACACUGGCAAGCACUUUUCAAAAUUCAAACUCUCUGAGUCAAACAGGCCCCGUCGUCGACACUUACGGUCAAAAACUUAUUGAGGAUAUCUUGGCCGUGUACACUCCCAUCGGUCCUCUGCCAGCCAUCCCAGAGUCCAAACCUACAUGGAGAUUCACCGCUCUCUCUCUCGGUCGCCAUCACAUUCGCAACCGACAUCGCACAGCAGAUGUUCAACUCCCGCACUUUCUCUGGUACUGGUACCUGCAUGUAAUGUUCCUAGUUUGGGAUGCCGAGACGUUAGUUCACUUCAAAAUCCGACUGGUACUCAGCAGUGGUAGGUCUCAGCUAAGAAAGGACUCAUGA